AUGGUUUGCUUCUGUUUCCUGGUGGAUCAGAAGAGCGUCGUACGGCGGAGCAAGCCGGCAGCGGGGACGUGUUCGCGGUGCCGCCACGGCGCAACGGUGGCCGACAUGCAAACCUCAACUAGGUUUUGCUACAUCCCCUUUUAUUGCAAGUCAUGGAAGGCUAUCAUAUGCAGUUUCUGCGGGAGCAUUCUCAAAUCCUACAGAUGAAUUCACUAUCAUAUGUGCAUAUAUACUAUUUAAUUAAGGACUCUUUUUGUUUUCUCCUUUUGCUUUUGGAAACCGGAAAUUAACGAGGGUGUGCAUGUACGAAGUUAUCGAUCGAGAUAUGUUUAAUUAGAUGUUUUCAUUUCAUAUUUGUACAGAUUCUGGCCGGUAAGAAUUUCAUUCAGAUACUAGCUAUAAGCCAGCUGGCUUUCUUCUUUUAAGGACUUUGAUUGCAUAUUUAUCACAAAAAAUUGAGAGAUAUAUAAAAAAUAAAUUCUCUCUUCAUUUUAUAUGAAAAAAUUUACCCUUUUUUA